AUGUCUCAGAACGUGAACGAAGCGGCAUCGGCUGAAAAAGAGGCUAUAGCUGAAGAACCGGAUGCCGUCUCCGAAAAGGACCGGCAGUUUUUGACUGAGUAUGUACGAGAAACAGAACAGAGACUCGCGACGAAGGAAGAGAUUCGCGCGGCCAAUCUUAAUCCCGCAAGGCCCCCAGAUGCAUCAUUCAGUAAACUUGACUCAAGCCUCAAGAAAAACACCACAUUUGUCAAGAAACUGAAGAACUUUAGCAUGGCCCAACUUGACACAGUUUUGAAAGACAUGGCUACUUUGAACCUGACCAAAUACGUGAGUGAAGUUGCCACUGCUCUGGUGGAUGCCAAAAUAAAGAUGAUUGAUGUAGCACCUGCUAUUAGGGUAUGUAGUUUUCUCCAUCAGACGUACGCUGAAUUUUCCACUCAUUUUUUUGAAAAUUGGCAAAGGAUACUGUCAUUGAAAGUCGGCGAUAAGAUUGCAAAUCCCAGCAAGUUAAGAGUAGAUUUACGAUUCUAUGCAGAAUUAGUGAAUGCUGGAAUAUUCACACACAAACAAGGCUUGCCAUUACUUGGCUCGAUAUUGACUGUAUUAAUCAAUAUGGAUAAAGAGGAGCAUAAUAAUGCUAGCAUAAUAUUGAGUUUUUGUCGACAUUGUGGCGAAGAUUACGCUGGUCUUGUACCUAAAAGGGUGCGAAAUCUGUCGGAGAAAUUAAAUGUUUCAAUUCCAAAGAGUAAAAUGUUAUCACCGGACAAGCAACAGAAUGUCAAGCUGUUGUUGCGUGAAUAUUACAACUCUUUGUGUAAGCAUAUGCUGAAGGAGCACAAGGAGCUGCAGGCAUUCGAGAAACAAAAUCGCAAAAUACUGCAGACCAGGGGAGAACUGAGUUCAGAACGAAAGGAGAAGCUUGAAGCUUUACAAGUCUGUUAUGAGCGUUUAUUAACCAAUGUACAGAGCUUUUCCGAUACGUUAGAUGAACCGAUGCCCGAGCUUCCAGUGGACAACGAAAUAAAAGCAGAAGUGGAGGAAACACUGAAAAUGAUCAAUGAGGGAGAAGAAAGCGCUAUGUUGGAGGAUAUGUGGGGUGACGAAGAGACGAGACGUUUCUAUGAGGUAUUCCCAGAUCUGACUGUCUUCCUACCAGGUUCAUAUUUGAAGGAUACUCCGAAAGAUAUCCCAAAGACGGACACAGCAAUAACGGAAGAUACUCUCGAUGAGGAAAUUGUCUUUGAUGAGUUGGAAGAAUCUGAGAAAGUUGAAGAGCCACCUGAGGUAGAAGUGGAGGAGCCUCAGAUUUCCAAUACAAGUAACAAAAUACUGUUGGAUGCUUUUCUGACACAUCUGCCGAACUGUGUAAAUCGCGAAAUGAUUGACAAUGCCGCAGUCAAUUUCCUGAUAAAUCUCAAUACGAAGCAUAACAAGAAGAAGCUGGUAAAGGCUCUUUUCGGCGUUUCGAGAAUCCGUCAGGAUCUACUACCCUUCUACUCUCGCUUGGCAGCCAUUCUUUAUCCAGUAAUGCCUGAGAUUGGCAAUGACCUGUGUCAGAUGUUGAAACAAGAUUUUAAAUAUCAUGUUCGUAAGAAGGAUCAGAUCAAUAUUGAGUCGAAGAUCAAAGUGGUCCGCUAUAUCGGUGAGCUCGUCAAAUUCAAACUUUACUCCAAAAUAGAGGCAUUGUACUGUCUAAAGGUUUUACUACACGACUUUACACAUCAUCACAUUGAAAUGGCUUGCAAUUUAUUGGAGAUUUGCGGCCGAUAUCUUUUCUGUUCACCAGAGUCUCAUCAAAGGACCAAGGUCUAUCUGGAGCAAAUGAUGCGCAAAAAAGCAGUUACUGCACUAGAUUCGCGUUACGUCACGAUCAUCGAGAACGCGUAUUACUUCGUGAAUCCACCAGAAUCGACCGGCGGCGUUACAAAGAAGGACAGACCGCCCGUACAUGAAUUUAUUAGGAAACUACUAUACCAAGAUCUCUCUAAGACGAAUACUGACAAAGUGCUCAAGUGGAUGCGCAAACUUGAUUGGGAGGACGACAGCGUAUCAUCCUAUGCUAUAAAAUGUCUCACUGCCGCCUACAAUGUUAAAUAUCCCAAUAUUCGAUGCGUUGGAAGCCUGUUGGCCGGCUUGGUGGCCCAUUAUGAGACUAUCGGGCCACAGGUGGUCGACGGUGUACUCGAAGACAUACGACUAUGCAUGGAAAUCAAUCUACCCAAAUUCAAUCAACGACGCAUCGCUAUGGUCAAGUACUUGGGUGAGCUGUACAACUAUCGAAUGGUGGAGAGUGGCGAUAUUUUCCGUACUUUGUACUUGCUUAUUACUUUCGGCGUCAGCAUAGACCAUUCGUCGCCAAGCGUGCUCGAUCCGCCCGAGCAUCUCUUCCGUAUUCGUCUAGUAUGCACAUUAUUGGAGACGUGUGGCCAGUACUUCAGUGGCGGAUCGAGCAAGAAAAAACUCGAUUAUUUUCUCGUAUUCUUCCAGAACUACUUCUGGUUUAAAUAUACAGAUCCGAUCUGGACGUCCGAGAAUCCGUUCCCCGUUGGUAUAGAUUACAUGUAUCGUGAUACAUUAACAAUGUUACGACCCAAAAUGCAAUUAUUCCAGAAUUACAAAGAAGCGCAAUGCGCCGUAGAAGAAUUGCGCACCACACUCUAUCCAACCUUGGGUAAUCCUCCAGUUGAUGAUACUACCGCGGAAGGCGAAAACGACAUGAGCGUUAUCAUAGAAGGUGAUGAAGAAGCAGCAUUGGCCGGAAAUGGUAGUGGGGAUGCCAAAGGUAUGGCCGAACUGCAUUUUGAAGAGUCCGAAGAUUGCUCGGAAGCACAGUCGGAAGAGGAAUGGACAGCCGAUGCAGAACGCGACGGCACCCAAGAAAACACUCAGGGUGAUCGAUCUCAGAGUCUAUCAGCAGACGGUGGCACUGAAGGCGUGAUUGUAGACGUGACAGAGGAACUAGAUGCAGCAUUACCAUCUGGACCACGACGCGUAAGCUGUCCGGAGGAUGAUGAUUUCCUGUCGGCACUAGAUAAAAUGGUCUCAGACAAUAUACAGGAUCGUAUGCGAGAUUCGGUAAAGCCGCAACAAGUGGAUAUCUCCGUCCCAUUGCACGUGAAGAGUACAAAGAAGACAUACGAACAGCUGCAGGAGAGGCCAACUGACAAUAGCACAAUAGACUUUGUGUUGAUGCUGAGGAAGGGUAAUAAACAACAAUACAAGAAUCUCGCGGUUCCGGUGUCAUCCGAGUUGGCUAUGAAUCUCAGAAAUCGCGAACAGGAACAAAAAGAGGAGAAAGAGCGCGUGAAGAGACUAACUUUAAACAUUACUGAGAGGCAAGAGGAGGAAGAUUAUCAGGAAACUAUGAAUCAGAGUACGAGACCGGUCACCGUAAAUUUGAACAGGGAACGACGACAAAAGUAUAAUCACCCUAAAGGAGCACCUGAUGCCGAUCUCAUCUUUGGACCGAAGAAAAUUCGAUAAGCUCGAUUAUAAAUGACUAAAGUCGAAUGGAUUGUACUCCAUUGAAAAGUUGAUGAUGCUGUGAAAUG